AUGAAGCGCCUUGGAAUGAAUACUUACAUUUAUGCGCCAAAGGAUGAUCUGAAGCACCGAGCUGAAUGGAGAAAGCUUUAUAAUUCCGAGGAAACCGAACUGUUGCAAUCGUUAAUCCAGACGGCCAAAGCCGAGAACAUCACAUUUGUUUAUGCGCUUUCGCCUGGCAUCGAUAUUGUAUAUUCAAGUGAAAAAGAAAUUAAAGCACUUCAUGAUAAAUCUGAACAGGUACGCUGUUUAGGAUGUGAUGCUUUCGCAUUGCUUUUCGAUGAUAUCGAUGCUGUGCUGAACGAUGCUGACAAGAAGCAGUUCUCGUCGAUUGUAAUGGCGCAGCUGACGGUUGCCAAUAACUUGUAUGAAUCACUGAAAUGUCGUCAUUUCUUCUUCUGUCCCACUGGACCACGAGUAGUGUCACGUGAUAUUACAGUUGAUCAUGUUCGACGUGUCGCCGCGGUUCUUCAGAGAAAGCCAGUGAUUUGGGAUAACUUACAUGCAAAUGACUAUGAUCCAAAGCGAGUUUUUUUGGGUCCAUUUGCAGGAAGAUCAGUUCAGCUGAAGGAGGAGAUCUCUGGAAUGUUGCUGAAUCCGAAUUGUCGCUAUGAGGCAAAUUUUUUACCAUUUUAUACAUUGGCUGAAUGGAAUAGUUGCCACGCUGACGCUGAAAUAAAGGAAGAAGAGGAAUCAGAUGCAAUAUUGGAGGCCGGUGAUAUAGUUCCUGUUGCAGUGCGUAUUGUUGAGAAUGCUUCACCGAAACGCCUCUAUCAUCCGUUGAAAGCGCUGGAUGAAGGAAUAAAAAAGUGGAUUGACUAUCUAAACGCUGUACCACCAUUGAUGUGUCCUUACUUAAGUGCUGUACCUGUUUGCAGUGGAGGAGAAAACGAAGAUGAGGAGCAGAAGCCCUCAACAAGCGGGUUUCCUAAUAGUUUAAUGGCGCAAACAGUGAACUCAAUGAGUGCCGAAUAUAGUGAACCAAUGGAUUUGGUACCCGUCUGCAAGGAUGAUAUUUCGGAACGAAGCAAAUGCAGUACCCAGGAGAUGGCUGAAAUUUCUUCGGAUGUCAGCAUGGAUAGCAGCAGUCAUUCUGACCCAGAUACGAGCAAAGUUGAUACGGAACAAAUUGCCGCAUUUGUGGAUAUGUUCUAUUUACCAUUUGAGCAUGGCCGUCGUGGCAUUCACAUAUUACAAGAAUUCUCAUGGCUUCACGAGAAUUCUUAUGUCAUGAAGCGAAGCAUCAAUGGUGAUAGCGAGAUGGAUCAGCAGGUACUUUUCUGUUACAUUUUAAAGCGAUUCGUGGAACGCUGGUCCGGAAGAGAAAGUUACUCUUGCUGUUUCAGCCCUUUUGACAAAGCGGAUCGAGUCUUUUAG